CUGGUUUAUACGUACAACCGGACGAUCAGUGAAUGGCAUAGUACUUGGCAGUUUUGUUUACUCUAUUUUCCAUUACCUUCAGUGAUUACGAAUUCCGUGUAAUGUGGAGUAAUGUGAUUAUCAGAUUUGAACUUACUUUAGGAAUUGUGAAGUGAGCUCUGAUUAUAUUCGAGUGAUUGAUUAUUACGGUCUGCUUCAGAUUCCUUAGCGUUCAUUUGCUUAGCGUUUGGAUUAUCUAUUAUUUUGUGCAAUAGUGUCUGAUGAUUGUUGGUUCUACGGUGGUUUUUAUGGUGAAAUAAUGACUCGAUUAAUUAGAAGAUGAUGGUGUUGAUGAGAUUAUUUUGAUUACGAGUAAUAUGUGAAAAAUGCCGUCUUCAGAAAUAGACGAACUCUUGUCGGGACCCUUGGUGACUUGGUUUAUCAGUUGCCUUGAGGAUCCUGACUCUUUAACUAAUUAUGAAGAUUUGGUCGAUGGAGUUCUGUUACACAGUGUUUUUCUUCAAAUUGAUCCAGAACCUGUGCAUGAUGGUGUGAUUCCCAGUGGUGGAAAUAUUUCAAUUCGGACAAAGAAUCUGGAGCUAAUUGUAGGAAAUAUGAAACAAUUUUAUGAAGAAGAGUUGGGGCAUGUUAUCCUAACAUUACCGAAUUAUACAAGUUUGGGAAAAGAGCCAGAAUUGUACAUAGGCGAUAUGAAGUUAAUGUUACUUUUACUACUUGGAUGUGCUGUACAAUGUCCUAACAAGGAAACGUUUAUUACAAGAAUUAAAGAAUUGGCUGUAGAUACACAGCUUGCAAUUGUGGAUUGUAUCAAGCAGGUUACCGACUAUCAGGAUAUUGUCAUAACACAAGAUUCAAUGGACAGUGUUAAUAUGGGAGUUCUAUUCACGCAAAUCAAAAAAUUGGUCCAGGAACGAGAUUUAUAUCGUGAAAAAUGGAAAGGUGCAGCAAUAAAUGAGAUCCCAGAAAGAAAUGAUUCUUCUGUUAGUGUAGAAAUAGAAGAAAUCAGUAAAGCUCAGCAAUCCAAUUCUAUAUCCAAAUCAGAAAGAGAAGACAGUCAUCAUUAUGCGGUUGAACUUGCUGAUUGGAAAUCAAAAGUGAGAAAACAACGGCAAGAGUUGGAAGAAAAGACAGAAGCUUUGCUCGAAUGCAAGGAGGAGCUUGAACACAAUAGAACAGUAGUAACUAAAUUAAAACAAGAGAAUCAAGAAUUAAUUCACGAAGCUCGUACAGCGAAAUCCUACAGGGAUGAGUUGGAUGCUGUAAUAGAAAAAGCAGAACGAGCCGAUCGUUUAGAAAUGGAAGUGGCACGAUAUAGAGAAAAACUGACUGACAUUGAAUUUUAUAAAACGCGCAUCGAAGAACUUCGUGAAGAUAAUAGAGUACUGAUGGAGACCAGAGAGAUGUUAGAGGAGCAACUAAGUUCAUCAAGAAGACGAGCUGAUAAAGUUUUAGAACUUGAAUCUGAGAUUAUAAAAUAUAAACAACUUCUCAACGACGUGGCUUUGGAGAGAGCAGCAGAUAAAGAAAAGUAUCAGGAAUUGUGCGAUGAAAAUUCUGAAUUACAUAGAUUAACAAAAGCUGCAGCUAACGAGGCUGCAUUAUCAGAAUCUAUUAGCGAUUCUGAAGAAGCAGUAACUGCUGACAACAGACUAUCCGAACAGUUAACCAAUAAUGCCCAGACACGAGCUUUAAAACUGGAGCUGGAGAAUCGUCGUUUAAUAACGUUGAUUGAUUCAUUGAAGGAAAAUUCGUUUCAUGAAAGUUCGUCGCGAGUAUUGGAACUCGAAAAGGAGAAGAAAAAACUAUCCCUCAAGGUUGAUUCUUUAAAUGACAACUGCGAGAGACUGUCGCAGCAGAAUGCAGAUUUGGAAUUGGUGUGCAAGCAGGCUCUUGAGGAAAAUAAGAAACUGCAAAAUUCCCUUAAAAAUCAACGAGUCUCGUCUGACAAGCAGCAACAAGAAUUCCAGGCCGAGCAUGCAAAAUCCAUAGAAUUAGAAAAAUCUUAUGAGACUGCUGUAAAAGAAAAGCAGAGAAUACAGUCCCUACUGGAAAGUGCUCAAAGACGGGCGGACGAUUUGGAACGCUCUUUGGAACUUGCAAAUCAAAAGCUCGAGGAACUUAAAAGUGUUCGGAACGAUGCGCAUGAUGCAAAAUCGAGAUGCUCUGAUCUUGAAUCAAAACUCGCUGUUUUAGAGAAAGAGAAGGAAAUCGCUCAGCGCGAUAUACAUAAAUAUCGUGAAACAAUCGAGGAAAAAGACGUGGCUCUAGACAAAGCAACGAAUACGAUAGAAGUUUUGGAGAGAAGAGUUAUUCAGCUUGAACAGGAAGUUGGGAAUUCAAUUGCACAAAUUUCAAGAUUACAAGAGAUAGAGAGAUCUAGCAAAGAAUUAGAUUCACGUGCUGCGAUCGAUAGAGAGACAUUGGAAACUUUACAAUCCAAUCUUGUAGCCGAAAAAUUGAACACUCAACAGCUGCACACUGCAUUAGAGAAAUUUGGACUAAACGUCGGUACCUUAUUGUCUCUUCCACCGGAAGAUAUUGUAGAAAGAAUUUCACAAGUUCCCGAAGUUGUAGACUGCGUUAAAAAAUCAAUAGCUUCAGAAACCCAGUGCAAUUGUAGCCAAGCGUCUACCGAAUCUACAAAUUCCAUAUCAAAUGAAGACUCGAGGAAAAAUAACAGUUCACUGGAAACAGUGGAAUUACUUAAGAAGGAACAAGAAAGCUUGCAUCUUAAACUGGUAGAUCUUCAAGCGGCAUCCGAAAAUCUGUUAUCAGAUAAUGCAAGGCUUCAAGUAUCUGUAACUACUUUGCAAUCACAAAGUUCCUCUCUGGCGACACAACACACCGCUCUCCAACUUGCUAAUUCGCAGCUGGUAGCUGAAAAAGAAGAGCUCUUGAAGGAACGUAUUGCUCAGCAACGGGCACAUACGCAACUUAUACAUGAUCAAGUGACUCUCCAGUCGCUGCAUGAACAACUGAAUACAGAGUAUGAAAAUUUAUUAAGAGAACGGGAAGCUCUUAAGAUAAAUUCAAGGGAUGUGAAGAAUGAGACACGUGUUCUGCGUGAGACUAUUGAAAUGCUGGAGACAAAAACUAAAACGUUACAAACUGAAAGAGAAACUUUGACCAACAAUGCAAAGUCUUUGAAUAAUUUGAGAGGAGAACAUUCUAAGUUGAAAGAAGACUUUAGAAAGUUAUAUACAACGUUGGAGAAAGUUAAGGGAGACUAUAGAAACUUGCAGGAGGAUUACAGGAAAAAUAAAGUUGAAUGUAAUCGGCUGAGUCUUAAACUUACUGAGAUGCAAGGUCAAUUAAGCUCCAAGGAUGAACGAUGUUCUACUUUGGAACUUCAGAUCAGUAAAUUAAAUCAACGGUGCGAGAUGCUGCUGCAGAUGUACUCUGGUUUAGAUAAUGACAGACGCUCGCUAAUGGAUCAUAUAAGUUUAUUGUUUAACCAAUACCACGAACUCUUGACGCACUCCCUAGAAGACAAAGAACAGUAUCACAUGGAAGAAAAAAUGUUCACGGAUAAGGUGAAUCACUUGUACAGGCAAAAAGAGAAGCUCGAAGAAAAAAUUAUGGAGCACUACAGAAAACUUGAAAAUUGCUCUACAAAAAAGAAAAGCUUUGGAGCAAGUUUUGUUAGAAGAGUAAAGAAAGCAGGCUCAGAAUUACUUAGCAAGAAUCGACGUUCCUGGGCUGAGGACGUUAAGCCAGUCGAAGGUAAGACAUACGAAUCAGAAUCUGGAGGAAAUGAUUCUGACGCAAGUGUCGACGAUCAUCAUCUUACAGAUUCUCCAGAGACUAGCGGUCUCGCAAACGAAUCCUUAUCUCUUGGUCAUCCAGGAACACGAAGAACAGUUUAUUACACAGGUGAUUCCCCACCACCUAGUUCAUCCUUAACACCGGAUAAAAGGGUCAGUGACACACUACAACAGUCAGAAGAAGAUGGUCGUGCGAAUCCAGUCGAACAGAGUGGAAGAGCCGAACAGCAAAGUGAAGCAAGACCAUUUUUAAUAUACAACAAAGUCUCCGCAGUGAUAAACGAAUCGAAAAAUCUUAGCACUACGGGAGUAAAAGAUCCGGAACAUGAUGAGGUCCUCGUGGACACUCCUAGUGAUAAAGAUCCAAAAACAGGCAGCUCAGUUUGGUACGAAUACGGCUGCGUCUGA